GAAGAAGGAAAGUAAAAGCACGUUGUUGUUUUUUGGAACUGAUCAGCUUAUUCCCGCGCAAUACAUUGUCAAGUGUCAAGAAGGAACCACACGCUCAUGUUGACAAUAAUAGCGGUUUGAUGAACGGCAACAUCAACAGGCAUCAAGAUGAAGAAGGCAAUUCUGUUUGUAUCGCUGCUUCUUGCUGAGCAUGUGGCAGGCUUUCGCAGCUCCAUGCUGCUGCCCAAGUUCCUGAUCACUCAGCCUCAAAAUCUGCAUCCAUCACAGUCCAAGACGCAGCUGUUCAUGGUCUUUGACUUUUUCAAGGAGAAGACAUCGGAAGGAUUUGAUCAGUUGAAUCGAUUGGCUGAUGCUUCCUACAAAGGAGAACUGGGGAAAGGAAUCUCAGAUGUCGCUGCCUACACCACAGCCAGCAAUAUUGCCUUUGCCAAUGGACUGGCAAGGAGUCGCAUUCAGUUGCUCCAAAACCUGGAAUCGUUGGCCACAGGAAUGUCUCCAGAGGAAUUGCUAGAGGAUCUGCAAGAUAUCUUGCUGCAAGCGGAUCUUGGAAUUGCUGUUUCUGAAGAGGUAGUGGAUGAAGUAAGGACCCUUCGGGCAGACUCGACAACGAUGCUGACACAAGAUGACCUCAGGAGUAUUUUACGAGGCAAGCUGAUCGAAGCAUUGAUUACAGAAAUACCUGGAGCAAUGCAGUUCUCGGCAGAUGAUAACACUCCUACGGUGUUCUUUGUGAUGGGGGCCAACGGUAUGGGAAAGACAACAACUAUUGGCAAGCUUGCUCACCGUCUCAAGACGGAAGGAAACCAAACUGUUUUGAUGGCAGCUUGUGAUACGUUUCGAGCUGGUGCAGUCGAGCAGUUGCAACAGUGGGCUGAAAGAGCUGAUGUUGAUAUUUAUGGCCCCUCGGAAGGCAAGAGCACGCCCAGUGCUGUUCUUUAUGGAGCACUCGAUAAAGCGUGCAAAGAAAACUACGAUACUGUCUUGGUUGAUACAUCUGGAAGGCUGAGCAACAAUGAUGCCCUGACUGCUGAAUUAGCCAAGAUGAAAAAGGUAAUACAGAAACGUCUUUCAGUCGAAACAGGUAGCGAUGGCAGCCCGAUUCCAAACAAACAGGCACCACAUGAGACCCUGCUUGUGUUAGAUGCCGCGCAAGGACGGAUGGCUUUGGAUUCAGCUCGCGUAUGGGACGAGGAGAUUGGUCUAAGUGGAUUAAUCCUGACGAAAUUGGACGGUACUGCCCGCGGCGGUUCCGUCGUUGCCGUGUCCCGUGAUCUGAGAUUGCCUGUGAAGCUCAUCGGAGUUGGAGAAGGACUUGAUGACCUGAGAGAUUUUGAACCUGAACGCUUUGUGGAGGGUCUGCUUGGUAUUGGAGAAGCCGGUGGCAAACCUAGUUCCAACUCGAACGAAGGGGCAAUGCUAGCUGCGAGGCUAGACAACAUGAGGCAAGAGCGAGACGAGAGAGCAAAGGUCAUGGCCAAACAGCCUGUUGCCGCUGUCGCUGCUCCACCGCCUUCUAUAGAAAUGGAUGACACUGGCAAAAGUCCUGCAAGGAGAUCCAAACCGAAGAACAAGAAGAAAAAGAAGAAGGGCCGCAAAUAAAUGCCGGUAUAGAUAUCGUUAUAAUACAGUCGUAGCCCCAGCUAGCUAGCUAGAAUACAGCUUCCAAAUCAAUAAUUUUGUCUUUUGCAAGUGUAUCGGUACCUUCCAGCC